CGCAUCUCAGUCGAGUCCCGAGCGCCGAGGGUGGCGCACGUGUUUUAAGUUUUAAAAUGACGGGUAAAUCGAAUGGUACGGACGUCGGUCAUAUGGCCGAAUGGGUGAGAGCACCACCCCCCACGGGACCUUUGAUUUACAGAAUUGGGAAGGCCAUAUAUAAUCCUGAAGAGAAGAGCUUUUUGGGACGCACGCCGAAACGGUGGGGAAUAGUGAUAACAUUCUACCUGGUGUUCUACGCGGUGCUGGCACUAAUGUUCGCUAUCUGCAUGGGGGGCCUACUUCUCAGCCUGAACAAGGACCGCCCUACCUACACACUGGACCAGUCUCUCAUUGGUUCAAAUCCAGGUGUCACAGCGCGCCCUCUACCGGACACGGGCGAACUAAAGAUCGACCGCAGUGAUGCCAACUCAACCGACGAGUACGUUGACCAGCUGAACAACUUUUUUGCGCCGUACGUAACCGACCCGCUGUACGGGCAUGCGGAGUGUGUGCCUGCGGACAACUACGGGUACCCGGACACUCCGUGUCUUUUCCUCAAAUUAAACAGAAUAAUCGACUGGGAACCCCACUAUUACGACGACGCCGCCAGUCUGCCUGAGGACUUCCCUGCGGAGCUGGCUGACCACAUCAAGAAUCUGACUACUCCGGCAGAACGUUCCCGGGUGUGGGCGUGGUGUUGGGACGAAAACCACCAAGUGGAGUUGGAGUACCCGUGGGGACGCGCGUUACCCGCCUUCCAGACCUACAAGGCUGGUGCUACGUAUAGGAACCCUAUAGUAGCUGUCAGACUCAAACAAGUGACCAACAGCACGGUGAUACGCUGCCGUCUCCUUGCCAAGAACAUCAUCUAUAACAAGAGCUUGAAAGAACCAUCUGGCUACGCACGUGUCAUUAUAAAUGUUGUGAGCGGAACCCCAGCUAACGGUGAAAUUACUGAGCAGUGCGGGUGUGGUUAUAUGAGAUGGCUUGGGCUAAUUGUUAGUUUAUUAACCAUGGGUGCAGACAGGCCUAAUGGCGUGGCCAACUAUUGUAGGAGGCCGCCGCAGCGUCCACUGUUGCAGAAAUUGAAGUAUGCUAUAUGGAACCCUGAGGAAGGCACGUUUUUGGGACGCACGCCGCAUAGAUGGGGUGUAAUCGGUCUGAUCUACCUGGUGAUGUACAUCUGCAUCAUCAUCUUCUUCUCCAUCUGCAUGUGUGGGUUGCUCGCCACCAUGGAUGAGCGAGUGCCGUACUUCCAGCUCGCUGACUCUAUCAUAGGAGCCAACCCUGGCAUGGGACACCGUCCGCUGCUGUACGAGGAAGGGGCUCUCAUCUGGUACAAUGGCGACAACGACACGCAGAUCAAGAGAUACGUCGAUAACAUCAACGAGUUUCUCGCACCGUACGAGAACAAAUCUCUCCUCGUGAACGGUGGAGCAAACCAGAUAGAUUGUGGGACCGUGAAGCCUCCUCGGGCCGAAGUCUGCUCCUUCAGCACCGACCAGCUCGGAGACUGUUCUGCUGCGAAUGGCUUCGGAUACAGCAAUAGGAUGCCGUGCCUCAUCAUAAAACUUAAUAGGAUAUACAACUGGAACCCCGAGUUCUUCGACGAUCCCAACGAGCUGCCGCCCGACAUGCCUCCUGACAUCACCAACUAUAUCAACUCCACUACCUCUCCUCGUGAACGUCGCAGAGUGUGGGUAUCGUGCAUGGGCGAGCGGCCGGCCGACGUCGAAGCUUUGGGUCCGCUCCGUUACUACCCGUACCCAGGGCUGGACGAGACCUUCUUCCCGUAUGACAACACUCCUGGAUAUCUCAGCCCGCUGGUGGCUGUACAACUUCUCAAACCUAAAUUGAACCAAAUCAUCAACAUCCGCUGCCGCGCCUGGGCCCACAACAUACAGUUCACCGAGAGCCUAAAGGAGCGGCUCGGCUCCACUCAUCUCGAGAUCAUGGUCGACUGAGAACCUGGAUAACUAUACGAUGUACGGAGAC